GCCGCCGUCGGAUGCGGACGUCAGUGAGCGACGCCCCGCUCUCACAAACAGCUCGACGUACGAGCGCAGCCUACAACGUUUCGGAACUCCGUGAGACGUGAAUUUGUUUACGAGAACGAAGUAAAAAAACAAACCUUUGACAGUGACAGCAGUUUUGAGAGUGCUUUUUUGGAAUUUUUUGACAAAAGAUUUUUCGUUAUAUGCCAGGUUUUUUUUUUUUAGUUUCAUGAAUAUUUUUUUGUGUGGAUGUGUUGGAAGGAUCAGUGAACCUUUUGGAUUGCUUUUUGGACUUGGACGGGCUGGCGACGCGGGAGGAGCACUGAUUGUGUUCAGCUACAUUGCUUGUUAGCGUCUUGCUGAGGAUAAACCUUUCAUGGUUUUGGUAUGGCGCGUUACAAAUGAGCGAACCAUCUUCAUGAAACCGUGAGGGCUAUUAGCGAGAUAGCAUUGUGUGCGCGGCGUGCGGUGCGUAGCGCCUCUAUGCUGUGUCGACGAAGGUUCGACAUACACCGGGACGUCGCCAGGUGAACUCGGCGCAUUGUCGCCAUUCUCAUAAAGUCGCUGCUGAAGAGGAUCGGAGUACGAGGGGUGAGGUAACCUGGCCGGGGGAGUGUCAUCUACACCAAUCAACGUGUUCAACAACAAGCGGCCAAACUACAAAAACCAUUAUGUGUUCCUCGUAACUAAGUACCUUCACUUCGCGUAAUUAAUACAACGAAUAAUGCACGUUCCGUCCAAGACGCUGCCAAACAUUUUAAACGAAUUUACGUUAAAUAGAAUAGUAAGACCUUAGUCUUUGUGUAGAACUCGGGUGUUAGUGCAGUGAGUGUCAUAUUGAACAGCGCCAUCUGGCGUCAAGUAGUUGUGACAACGUGGCGGGGACACAUGCGCCGUCGGGAUCGGCGCUGGCGAUGCCAUUUAUUGAAGACGAGUGGUGGUCCGCCGAGAAUGAGGGCAGAAUGGUCGAUCUCUCAAAUUGCCUUCAGGGACAGUUUCAGGACGCGGUAGUGGCUGCCGGCGGUCAGGCGGCCGCCCAGCUUCAGCAGAUGGCCUCGUCACUAGGCGAGCUGUCGCAGGCCGAGCUGUCCAACAUCGUGGGCGGCCUCACCCUGGAGCCGGAGAGCUCUGAAGCGGCAGACCCCGACGACAUCCUGAAGCAGCUCGGGGAAACCGCGUUCGACAACUUCGAUACGUUUUUCACGGAUCUCACUAACGCCACCGCUUCGGGCGCACCACCUAUCGAGAUAAAGCAAGAAGAGAACAACAACAUAUCGUCGCCAGCGUCCAGCAGUCAACUGCAAGGGUACUACCCUCAAAGUCAAUUACAUUUACAAAACAACGGGCAGCAAAGAUUGCAGCAACUCCUUAGAUCGGGCACCAACGCCAUUAACAAUGCCGUUAAUAAUAACAUUAACAAUGGAAGAUAUAAUAUUGCGUCGCAAAAUCCGUUGCUCGCGGAGAAAUUAUCUUCAACGCCCAGCGGCAUCAAGCAAGAACCAGUCAGUUCAGAGUACACGGGGACGAGUAUGAACUAUGGAAGUGCAUCGCCGUUGCAGCGAGUGCCGAGCGGGAAACCGCAAGCUCACGACGCUGGUGGAGGUAAAGUGAAUGGAGAACCAACAGGACUGGCCCUCGGAGCCAGAGCGCUGCUGCACGGUCUCCUGGCGCCCUCACCCUCGGUCAGGCACCAUCCCCUGUACACGGCGCCCAACACAGGCUCCCUCCCACCUUCGCCAGCGGACAGUGGGGUAUCGGAUGUGGAAUCGUCCUCGUCCGGAGCAGGAUCCGCUGAGGACCUGAAGACGAGACUUCAACCUCCUCCGCCGGCGCCCUUCCACGCCCCCUUCCUGCCCUUCUACCAGCAUCAUCAGAUCGCUUCCACAUUGCAGCACGCCGCUGCACAUCCUCGACCACCAGUGGGAGCGUUGAGCGAUCGUGACGCAUAUGGAUAUGGUUACGGCGGCGGGGGAGGCGGGACUCACCACUUCGCAGCGCCUGCGCCCCCGCCGCUGCCGCACGACGAGCUGCCAUACUCCGUAUUCGACUUCGGCGACUACCAGCGCCACCAUCAUCACAACAAACUGAAGCCGAAGAAAAGGCCUCGCUCCGAUGCACCUCCCACGCCGGGCGUCAAGCGCAAGAGCCGGGAGGGCUCCACCACGUACCUGUGGGAGUUCCUGCUGAAGCUGCUGCAGGACCGCGAGUACUGCCCGCGCUUCAUCAAGUGGACGAACCGCGAGAAGGGCGUGUUCAAGCUGGUCGACUCGAAGGCGGUGUCGCGGCUCUGGGGCCUGCACAAGAACAAGCCGGACAUGAACUACGAGACCAUGGGCCGCGCCCUGCGCUAUUACUACCAGCGCGGGAUCCUCGCCAAGGUGGACGGCCAGCGCCUCGUCUACCAGUUCGUGGACGUGCCCAAGGACAUCGUCGAGAUCGACUGUUCGUUGGCGUAGAAUCUCCCUGCACACGUGACCGCUCCCGGAGGCGCGUAUUUAUUUCGCUCUUACAUUUUUCACUAAUAGUAAAGAUUCGUCUAGUUUUCAAAUCAUCAUGCAUGACGUUUUUUCAAAUUCGCUUAUGAAUAUUGUUAUCGAGUUAAGAUGUGAAAGUGUAACUCUCGGAUCGUGACGACUAAUCAUUGAAUUUAAUAUUUAUACAAAAAAAUAGGAGAGACGAAAUCGAUUGCUCAAAUGUUUAUAUAGGUACCUAUGUUUAGGGGUAUUCAGGAUGCGGAGCACUUGACUCGCUAAAUGUUGUUGUAUGGCGACGCGGCCGAGUUGCGAGUGAGCUGUGUCGACUGCGGUACUGUGGUACUGCGGUACUGUGGACUUGUGAAGUUGUCCGUUUGCGUGGGCGCUUCCUCGGACUGCACGGAUCGGAACUUCCUACCUCAAAACUACGCAAAAACAUACAAAUGAUUCAUAUUCAGAUAUACAUAUAUACAAUAUGUUCGAUACAGUUUUACAUUACACAUUAAGUAUGUUUGUUAUAUUGAAUAGUCUUAUAAGAGUUAACAACACUGAAAUAUUUACGUAAAAUGAGAAGAUUUAUAUUAAUGAAAACAAAAUUAUUGUAGUGGUACAUUUUAACCGUUUGGUGCUCGCGGUAGCCAUUUUCAUAUUUACAACUUGUUAAGAAUUCCCUCUCCGCUGUUGAUGCUAUAUUUACAUAUAUGUUUACUGAAUAUUGUUUGUCUAUUAAUUGACACGUUCCUUAGUUGUCUCAUAGUCUAUUUAAAUACUAUAUUUGAUUGACGAACGUCUUUCCUAAACCGAAUUUGUUUUCGAUUGAUAUUAUUAUGAAAUAUGUUCCGCGAAUGCUCGGAAAUUUCUUCAAGUACUGAAUAAAUACUGCCAACGUUCUGUUUAAAUGGGGAAAUAAAAAAGAAAAUAACCUAUCGUAAGUAAGAGUAUUUGUGAAUUGUGUUAAUUAUAAUUAGAUGUUUACUGUAAGUGAGCUGUUUUAUGUGAAAGCGUUCUAGUUUAUUUCGUUUAUUAAAAAAUAAUAAUAACUAAAUUUAAGAAUGUUGGUCGGGGCCCGCGCGGCGCUGCGCUGCAUAUCACACACAGAGAAACACUAUUUACUAUUUAAUAAUAUAUUAUAACAUAUUCUCUUAUAUUAUAUUUACGUACAUGUUAUCUCCGAUACGGAGCCGUUUUUUUUAAUUAGUGAAAAAAUAACCGUCGCGGGCCUCCAAGUUUUUUUGUUACCUGAAUAAAUAUAAUAAUUACUAUUCGUGGUCCAAUGUUAUUGAAUCAUACUGUAACUAGAUAGAAUAACGAAUGUUUGUUUAAGAUAUAGCCUAUUAGGUACACAGUUAAUAUAGUUCCAAUAAAUACCAUACAAAAAGAUCCAUCUAUGUAUACAAUAAAUUAAUUUUUAUAGUUAAAAUGAUAGGGAAAAAAUUGUCUAUUAAAUUAACAGUGAAUUGAAAAUACAGAUUACCAGUUCAAAAUUCUGAUUGUCAUUUGUCAGCAAAGCUGAUCGCAGAUGAAGUCACAUGUUGAAACUAGUUAAAAUAUUUAGUGCUUUUAUUUUAAAAAUUAAUUCACUGUUAAAUUAAUACGUUCUGAAGAAAUGAAUCGAAUUCAAAAUAGUGCACGAUUUUAUUUCUCUCUUACGUUGGCUAACCUAGGUGAUAAUACUGUAGAGUACAUUCAAAGGUGGAACUGAAAUGAAUGCACUAUUUUGAGCGUGUUCACGACAUAGUCUGUAUAAUGGAGUAUGAUGACGUGUUGUGUCAAAUUUAGUUAAAAUAGACGAAACGUGCAUUGCUUCUAUUAUAAAUGGUAAAAAAUCAAUAAUACAGAUUUAUACAUAUUUUAUAUAUUUACAUAUUUAAAAUAGGAUAAAAAAAAAACAAGAAAGUAUAUCAAAUGAUUAGUGUGUAAGUUAUAUUUAUAUUAGGUGCACGUUUCGUCUGAUUACUGAAAAGGGUUAGUGAGCCUUAAGAGAAACGAAUGUCGUGUUAAAUGGGUGCUAUGAUGUGGGACCGACGGACAGACUCGCACACCACGCUGACGAUCCGAUCCACGAGUAUAACGAGACAUGCCAGUGCGUUAAUUGUUUUAAAAUGACGAUUUAGUGAAACGAUCUCAGUGUUAUAACUACGAACAAAACCAGUGCCCGUUGUGCGUGUGAUCUAUAUUUUUAUUAAUGUGGAUUUUUAUCAUAUUUUUAUAUAAUAUCUAGUUGAAAUUCUAUCGUUUCGGCUGUUUUAAUUCUUCUUCUUUUGUAAAUACGUCUUUUAGAAUUUAACUUAUUUAUUUUUAUAAACGCUUUGAGCAUCCCACGCCAGGCACAGCCGCGUGUCGGCGAGCCCGGAGGGAUCUCAAAACGUUUGUUUUUCCUUUUUAGGAAAUUUCGUUCUGUAGGUUACAAAUUUUAUUGUAAAAUAUCUAUUGUUAAAUAUAAGAUAGUGUAAUGAAUGGACCACGGGAGGAGAAGAAACGCUCUCAGAAGUAAUCGGCAGUUUGUGAUGCAACGCGCGAGAUGUUAGUUACCGAUUUGUAUGGAUGUUUGAGCAAGCAUUUAAAAUGAUGCUCGGAAAAAGUUUUUAAAAAAAAAUUAAAAUAAUUUUAGUCGAAUUGAUGUUAUUGAUAAAAAUCAAAGUUUCUAAUAAAUAAUUAAUGUACUUAAAAUUUUCAAUGUAAAUUUUUAUGGCACCUCAAAAUGAAUGAUUUUAAAAUUGAGCCUAGUCUUAGUAUCAUAAUUUGUUAAAAAGAAAAACGCGGACGCCAUAUUGGCGCAGUGGCGUCGCAACGCGGGCACAUGCGGCCCUUGUGCAAUGUACAAAUGUACAUUCGACGAAAACGCACACCCUCACUAGCCACGUGAUGGCGUCGCUAGAUAGUUCAAGUAUGAAAUUUGUGCGUGGAAGCAACGAGAAGGUUAGUGAAUUUGGUAUUAGGGCGGGGAGGGCGCUGCGGUCGCACGGCAGCACGCGAUUAAAUGUUUCGAAGUUGCAUGCUAUUUCGAUGUACGUUUAUCUAAAUGUAAUUAAUGUCCAAGUGUGUAUUUCAAUACGUAAUUCAUUCCGGAUGAACGUGUUUGUUGCGUGUCGUUAGUUUAAUUUCAUUACCUUGAACAAUAGACGGCGCUUCCUUCGUUUUUGCUUCAAAAUUAUUAUUUUUUAAUUCUGAGAGUUAGAAUGUGUAAAUGUGAAAUUUUGUGUUAUAUUUGCUUUUAGUUUUUAAUGCAAUUACAGUCCGAUAAUUUUUAAUUAACUUUAACAUAGAUUUUGUUAAUUUUACAAGAUAAUGUAUUUUCUGCCCCCUAGUUAAGUUAUUUUUCUAAUGUAUAGUUAGUUGUAAGUGUAAAUGAUUUAGUACGUAAUUUGAUGCAUGAUGAUAAUGUUAAUAAAAUAUCCACAAAAAA